AGAAGAAGAAGACGAAGACGAAGAAGAAACGAAACUCGCUCAUCGCACACAAAACACACUGAGUCGCAACCAUAUAAACCGAGUCGACUCCAUCAAAGGGACAUCACCAUCCCCACCUAACAACCCUCCAUUCCGACGCGCACAGAGAGAAACAUGACCUCGACUUCUCGCCGGACGCCUCUCCUCCUGGCGGCGGCGCUGUUGUUCGCCGCCGGGGCCGCCAUCCUCGCGGAGGCGCAGACGCCGGCGACGCAGACGUGCGCGUCGAAGCUGGUGCCCUGCGCCGACUACAUGAACUCGACGAACCCGCCGGACACGUGCUGCAACCCGAUCAAGCAGGCGGUGGCCACCGACCUCGCUUGCCUCUGCAACCUCUACAACACCCCAAACCUGCUCGCCUCCCUGGGGAUCAACGUCACCCAGGCUCUCCAGCUCACGAAGGAAUGCGGUGUCUCCACCGACACCGGCCUCUGCAACGCGAGCGCUACGUCUCCAUCGUCAUCAACAACACCACCACCAGCGACGCCCGGAGGCGACAGCGAUGCCGGCAGAAUAACUUGGAGCGGUAUCUCAAGCUCAUUCCUCAUUCUGGCAUCGAUGAUGUUUUAUUGAGGUCCGUGGGUUAGGUUGCACACGUCCGAUCGAUGGGGAGAUGCUUGACAUGGAUUGUUAUGGUUCUCAGAGAGGGGAUCCCGGCGUUCUUGAGAUUUUGGUCGUUUCAGUUGCUUUCGGCUUUCUCGAUAUGGUGAAUUCGAUUUCGUUGCUGUGGCAGGUCUAGCUAGCUAUUUUACUCUAUUUCAUGCCCUGAUUAUUGUGUACUCGACUCACCGGGGAUCUUUUGACCUCGAGACGCUUGAUGGAGGUCAUUUCUCAGGUGCAUCACAAUAAAAUUGUUCACACUUCUCUUUCAUGAA